AGAUUUGAUGUUGGACUCCAAGAUCAAAAAUAUGAGUGACAAAAAGGGUGGUGGUGCCUUUAAAAAAAUAAGGAAAUUUGAAAUAGGGCUGGGUUUCAAGGGAAAGAUCAUGAGAUUUUUUUAGUUCUGUUUUUAGUUCUCUUGAGUUGUAGUUGCUUGUGAGACAUACAGAUGGAAAUGCCCAACAGGAGGUAGAAGAUAGUAACUAGAACUCUGGGAAGAGAAAAGAGCUCAAUAUGGAGAUUUGGAGUUCUCGGCGUAAUGAUGGUAAUUGAAUCCAUGAAGGCAGAGAAGAUCGAGAGAACGAGAGAGAGAGAGAGAGAGAGAGAGAGAGAGAGUGUGUGUGUGUGUGUGUGUGAGUGUGAGUGAGUGUGAGUAAGUAGAGGAACUAGGACAGAACUUUGGUAAAUCCAUGGAUAGGAAACAAGACCUGGAUCCUGCAUCAGUUCAGCAAAGAGUCCAAAGAGCUGACUGAACUUCUCGAGGAAGAGCUUCCUCAUCUUCAAGGGAUUAUCCACCUCAGAAAGAAGAACAUCAAGAAUAUGGCCCCCAAAUCCCUUACAGAGAAACCAAAGCUGGAAUGAAGUCUGAAGCAUCGUACAUGUGAAGGGACCUUUUCUUACUGAGCCUAUUGGGUCUACGGUCAACAAGAUGAACCCUGAAACCAAAGGUGUGACAUUGAAAUGGCUUUGGUUCAUAAUUGCUGAGUUUUCUCUGCUGUCACUGGUCAAGAUGUAUGGAUUCCGUCACUGCACCCAGUAUGAGUUUGACUUUCACCAUGUGAUCUGUGUCCGGAAGAACAUCACCAGCUUGAAGGAAGGCAUUCGUGAUCUCCCUAGAUAUAUCACUCACCUCAACCUUACACACAACCAAAUCAAAACUGUGCCUUCUGGAAGCUUUGCUAAUCUGUCUAAUCUUAUAGAUCUUAGACUGGAGUGGAACUUUAUCUGGGACAUUGGUCCAGGAGCCUUCCAGGGGCUUAAAAAUUUGACCCUUUUGAAUCUGGUAGAAAAUAAACUUAAGAAUAUUAACUCUUCUUUUGAGGGCCUAUCCAGUCUGAAAACUUUGCUCCUGAGCCACAAUCAAAUUACCUGGAUCCAUGAAAAUGCCUUUGUCCCACUUGUCAAUUUACAGUACUUAAGCUUGUCUCGUAAUGCAAUAACUAAUUUUUCCAACAUCCUGGCAGCUGUCCAGCAUCUCCCACGCCUGGAAAUUCUUGAUCUCACGAACAACGUUAUUGCUUUCCUGAAUUGUAGUCCAACAACCCUGGUUUCCCUCACUAAGCUGAUCUUGAUGAGCAACAAUCUGGUAGACUUGGAUUUUUCCACUCUGUCACUUCCUAAUCUAACUACCUUGGAUGUCUCCCAGAAUGCUAUCCAAAAUGUGCAUCUGGAGUCUCUACCCCAGGUGACGAGUUUGAAUUUGAGUGGGACACAGAUGACCGUGGAAAAGCUUCAGGCCAAACAUAUGCAGAAUCUGAUGGAGCUGGACCUCAGUGAUAUUAAUCCAUCGCCCAACUUGAACACAGUAUGUCACCUCCUGCAAAACUUGCCAGAGAUAAAGACGUUAUUUUUAAAGAAAAAUCGAAUUAACUCAGAGGACAUCAAACGCCUCACCAACUGUACUAUGCUUUUGUCCCUUGACCUGAGCAACAAUAAAGAUUUGGUUCAUCUCUGUGAUGGUGAGUUCAAUGGCAUGCCCAGUCUUGAAUGGCUGAAUCUGAACAGCUGCAUGCUUUCCCUGAUCAGCAACAAGACUUGGAAUUCCCUCCAGAAUUUGACAGCUUUGGACCUCAGUAGAAAUAGGCUCGAAACCUUUCCAGAUUUUGCAUUUGCUCCUCUCAAACGUUUGCAGUCUCUCUCUCUUUCCAGAAACCCCAUCACGAAGCUCAACAACCUGUCCUUCUAUAAUUUACAUACACUGAAAGAGCUUAACUUGGCUGGGUGCUGGAUAGUGGCAAUUGAUAAAUACUCUUUUAGUCAAUUUUUGAGUCUUGAGAACCUAAACCUUCAGGAGAACAAUAUUCGAACUCUGAAAGGGAACACUUUUUUAUUUCUGAAGAAGCUUCAGGUUCUGACCCUCUCCCAGAACCGCCUGACCACUAUAGAGAAAAAGGCCUUCUCUGGCCUCACCAAACUACACAAACUUGAUCUGGCAUACAACAUCCUGUCUGAUUUUCAUCCUGGUGUGUUUCUGGGACUGGAAGGACUAGAGAUUUUAGACCUUAGUUUUAAUAAGAUAACUUAUGAAACUACCAAGAGCCUCCAAUAUCCUCCCUUUAAGGAUCUCCCAUCUCUCAAAUACCUCAACCUAGAAGGACAAAUAAAUGGGAUUCAGGUUGUCCCAAUCAACUUCUUCCAAGGACUGGGUAGUUUGCAGGAACUACUACUGGGAAAGAACUCCAAGGUAUUUCUAGAUCACCUCCAGUUGGACCAACUGCUUAAUCUCACCAGGUUGGAUAUCUCAGGGACAAAGGCUGGAGAUCGGGGUCUCUAUUUAAAUACCUCCUUAUUCCAAAAGCUCAAACAACUGAAAAUAUUGCGACUAGAGAAUAACAACUUGGAUUCAUUAGUUCCUGAGAUGUUUUUUGGUUUGGAACACCUUCGAGUCUUUUCCUUGAGGUUCAAUAACCUGAAAAUUAUUCAUCAAAAUCUAUUGCAGAACCUCAAGUCCCUGACAUACUUUGAUGUCUAUGGGAAUAAGCUUGAGUGCAUCUGUGAUAAUGAGUGGUUCAAGAACUGGUCCAUCAGUACUCCAAGUGUUCACAUCCCCUACCUGGGGAGCUUUCAUUGUCAACAGCCAAAUACACAGAGCCUGCUAGUGGGUUUUGAUACUGCCAUAUGCAAUUUUGACACAGGUAAAAUUUACUUCUUCUGCUCUUUCAGCCUGGUGCUUGCAACUAUGAUCUUCUCUUGGUUCGGUACCAACAUGAUCUCAUCCAUACGAUAUGGGAUCUAUAUGUUUAAAUCCUUGUACCUGGCCAAGUGGCAUCGGACAGAAAGGGAGUUCAUCUAUGACGCCUUUGUCUCCUUCAAUGCCGCUGAUGAGCAAUGGGUUUAUAAGGAGCUUGCACCUGCCCUCGAAAUGGGUGGCCAGCCUACUUUUAAGCUCUGCCUGCACCAUCGGGACUUUGAACCAGGAAUGGACAUCUUUGAGAAUAUUCAGAAUGCCAUUAACACCAGUCGAAAGACUCUCUGUAUUGUCAGCAAUGACUAUCUCCGAAGUGAGUGGUGCAGACUGGAAGUGCAACUGGCUAGUCUCAGGAUGUUCUAUGACUACCAGGAUGUGAUCAUCUUGAUUUUCCUGGAGGAGAUCCCCAACUACCGACUAUCCAGCUACCAUCGACUCCGGAAACUCGUGAAAAAGCAAACAUUUAUUACCUGGCCUGAGAAUCCUCAGGAGAGGCCUCUGUUCUGGGCCCGCAUUAGAAAUGCAGUAGGCAACAGAAACAUUAGGGAGGAAAAUGAACAGCUGAUUUUGACUGAACCACUGGAAGACUGAAACUCUUGGGUGGUGACACUGUUCAAUACCAGCAUGAGACCUCCUAAAGCUACUUAUCCUUUGGCUCCAGAUAUAACACAACUAGGUGGCUGGCAUAGUAGAGAGAGUGCUAAACUUGGAAUCAGGCAGACCUGACUUUAAAUGACACCUACUAGCAGUGUGACCCUGAGAAAGUCACUUAAUCUCUUUAAACUUUAGUUUCAGUAUCUACAAAUGGAGAUAAUAGCAGCUACCUUAUUUUUGAGGACAAAAUGAGAUAACAUAUGUAAAGCAUUUGCAAACCUGUUCUGUAAAUGCUAUCAUCAUCAUUAAAGAAGCUGAUGGAUAUAGUUCUCAUAGGAUAAGUUUAUGUGUAUGUGUAUAAGAAAGGUACAUUGUGUGUGUGUGUGUGUGUGUGUGUGUGUGUUGGGGGGGACGAUAUUCUGGAGUGUCAUAAUUGAUCUACCUAUGGAGAGGAAGUCAUUCUGAGUCUGAUGUUUCUAUGAUUGUGGAUAAGAUGUUUAGACCCCAAAGAAAGCCUGCUUCUUUCUGUUCUUCCUUGUGAUAGUAGUGAAAAAGAAUUCUAAAAGAAGCUACGUCAGAACUUAGUUUCCCUUGAUUAUAGAAUAAUGGGUUGGAGUAAAUGACCUUUAAGGUGCCUUCUAAAUUCCAUCAUUUUAUGCAGUAACUCAGCUGCCAUUUCCUUCAAGCAGCCUUCAUGAUUCCUUUGUGCCACUUGUCUUAAUCUUCUAAAUUCCCCCACCAGGCCUCAUGUAAUACUUUUCCCCCCACAGUGCUAUUGUAUAUACACAGAUGAAUACAUCCUUUUGAUCCAUGAAAUCUAUGACAUCACUGGUCUAGAGGCCUUCCAAUGUGGACACUUCCUCUCCCCUCUACUAGGUGAAGAUUAACAACUCCUUUGUCAUUUAUCAUAUUAGAGAGGUGCUUGGGGACAGAAAACUUAAAUGAUGUGCCCAAAGUCACACAGUAAGUAUCAGAGACAGGACUUGAACCAAAGUUUUCUUGACUCCAUGCCUAGCCCUCUGUCGUCCUAUGCCAUCUUGUCUCUCUGUGCUUAUCCUGUAAUAUAUACAGCCAAUUCUCACUUUACAUAAAUUCAUAAAUUUGACUAUGUCAUGAACUUUGAAAGAUCAAAUCUGACCUCAGGCACUUGACAUUUAAACUAACUGUGUGACCCUGGGCAAGUCACUUAAUCCUAAUUGCCUCACUCCCUUGUCCCCCCCAAAAAAAUGAUUCUGAAAGGCAUAAUUAUACUUGAAAUUCAUGGAUCUGACAAAGUGGAAAUAUUCAAAGAAGUGAAUAACAAGAUUGUAAAAUUAGCAUUGAAAAUGGAGCUAGAAGUGGAUGAGAAUGAUGUGGAGAACUGUGGAAUGAGAUUCUGAUUGAGUUGUUAGCCACAAAGAUUGCAGAAUAAGAAAGGGAAGCUUCAGAACCUGAGGUCAAACCAUAAAGGUUCAUGACAAAACAGUUGGCAAAAGCAUUUUGUCAUUGAGUGAAUUUUUUUCCAGAUAUUGAAAAGAGAAAUCCAAACAAUUUUUUAAAAAUUUAAAUUUGUAACACUAGUCGAAGAUAAUAUUGUUUGCUAUCAUCAGAUAUACGAGGAGGGGGAAAGAGAGGCACUGUCAAUAGCUUCAUCAUUGAUAAAGGCUAGCUGCAAUGGGCAGGGAAGGAGCCCCUUAUCACACACCUAUGUUUACUUUACUGUACAUGCUUUAUCAUUAACUUUACUUUUUUUUCAUAAUAAUGUUUAUAAUCACGGGACAGCAUUAAAUGUGGCUAUAUUUUAGUGCAUGAUUUGCAUAAAGGUAUUAUUUUGCGCAUAUCUUUGUUAUAUAGACUAAGCAAAGUGGGUGAGUAGGAGCAAAUUCACCUUACAGAAAAAUUGCUUUACAUAGAAGUCUGGGGAAUGGUCCACUUACAUAAAGUGAAAACUGUCUGUUUUUAGAAUUGUCUGUGUCUUAUUCUAGGCUGCAAGCUCUUUGAGGACAAGAACUUUUUCUUAUCUAAUUUCUGUAUCGUUUUCAGUGUUUAACACUGAAAGACACUUUAUUAGUGUCAGUUGAACAGAUACUUUUUUUCAUGGGCAGAAGCUACAUGCAUAGAGAGAAUUCAUUAAGUAAAAGAAUACUUUAUUUCUCUAUGGCAAUAAUCCUGCUGAGGGGUGCUACACAUAUAAAAUCUACAUAUGUGUUUGAUGAAAUCAGGUCGACAAAGCUAGUAUUCACUUGUGGGAAUACCAACCAGGGCAAUAAAUUCUUUGACCCACAUUCAGAAUUUCCAGUUCCAUUUGGGAAAUAGUACAUUUUUCUAUGCUCAAUCCAGCUGAUCAAACAGUACUCCUUGGAUGAAUGCUGCACUUCUAUGAAGAAAUAUGGAUUGGGGCAGCUAGGUGGCACAGUGGAAAGAGCACCAGCCUUGAAGUCAGGAGGACCUGAGUUCCAAUUUGACC